AGCGUCAGGUACCGGUCAAAGAUACCUCAGCGCUCCUAUCUCUCACCGCUCCUCAAGGAGUCUACGGCAACGUCAGAGCCAAGAUGGGGCGGAAGGAGAUUGUCUGUAGUUGGAAGAAACCCAUAAAUAACAUCAAGGAUGUGUUUGACUUCAAGGGGAAGAUGGGAUCGGGGUCUUUUUCUGAAGUUUUCAUGGUGAGAGAGAAGAAAACUGGGAAAUUGUUCGCUCUGAAGUGUCUGAAAAAAAAGCACCUCACCCACAGCAACCUGGAAAAUGAAAUCAAUGUUUUGAAGAGGAUAAAGCACGACAAUGUAAUAGGACUGGAGGAUUUUUACGAGAGUCGAACACACUACUACCUGGUCAUGCAACUGGUGUCAGGUGGGGAGCUAUUUGAUCGGAUUUUAGAUAGAGGUGUUUUUACGGAGAAGGAUGCGAGCCUGGUGAUCAAACAGGUGCUGGAGGCUGUUGACUACCUGCAUGAAAACAGUAUUGUGCACAGGGACCUGAAGCCUGAAAACCUGCUGUACUACAGUGCGGAUGAAAAUGCUAAAAUCAUGGUUAGCGAUUUUGGCCUUUCAAAAACAUUGGAGCAUGGGGUGAUGUCCACAGCAUGUGGUACACCCGGAUACGUCGCUCCAGAGGUUUUGGCCCAAAAACCCUACAGUAAAGCUGUUGACUGUUGGUCCAUUGGAGUUAUUACCUACAUCUUGCUGUGUGGAUACCCUCCGUUCUUUGAGGAGAACGAGACACGUCUGUUUUCAAAGAUCAUGAGAGCUGAAUAUGCCUUUCACUCUCCCUUUUGGGAUGAGAUCUCUGAGUCAGCAAAAGACUUCAUUAGGAAUAUGAUGGAGAAAAAUCCCAUGAAACGAUUCACCACUGAACAGGCCCUGCGACAUCCAUGGAUUUCUGGAAACACAGCUAAAGACCUGGAUAUUUAUCAUUCGGUAUGUGAGCAGAUGGAACGGAACUUUGCCAAAGCUAAAUGGAAGCAAGCCUUCCAUGCAAGUACCGCCAUCUACCACAUGAAGAAGCUGCAGGUGUCCCACAGGGAGCACUGCUCAGUCACUCCUCUCUCACUGCCCCACAUCAUUGUCCAGACCUCUUCUCAGACUGACUUAGAAUCUCUCGGUACCUCCAAUGACGAAGCUCUCUGCAUGGACCCAAAUGGAAAUCCUCUCCACGCCUCCAGUCACCUCGCUUGCAUUGCUUCUGAGCCCAGUAGGGGUCUCUGUCCUCCAAUAAGAGGCCAUCAUAGGGAACCCAACUACCUGCUUGCGGAACCAACAGAGAUCCACUCAAUGGGCUCAGAGAAUGACACUUCUUUCAUGUCAUCCAAAAGCCUGGAGGCUGUGGCUGAGAGAAAGGACCCGCCACUUCAGUCUGGCAUUUGUUCUGUCAUGUGAUUGGCUGAUAAACAUGAGACGAUUCUCACGUGACAACACCAAGCGGCAUUGUUCUUGGCUUGAAGAUGUCAGCGCAUUGACUGCCCUACACUUCGGCCCUCAGAGCUGAGGAAAAUAUUUUCUCAUGACUCACACAAUCAGUUUAACUGGAAACAGUCUUGUACUUUUCUCUCUUCUUUCCCUCCUUUUAACUAAGAUCAGAAUAUAUUCAAAAGUUUGUUUGAAGUUGAUUAACUUUAUCUGUCUGGAUUUAAUGUUAUCUGGAAAUUUGACAUCAGUUGAUGAAAAAAUACAACUUGAACAUCGAAGGGCCCAAUUUUGUGUCGGUCAUGGAUAAUAACUUAUAAAUCACUAGUUUUUGCGGUUGGAAAUACGUAUACAAGCGGACUGCCGCAUACCCGCGUUUCAGCAUCCAUGGAUUUCCAUUAUUGCAUCUAUUUUUUCAGUAUGUAUCGUUUUUGUCCCCAACACUCCAUUUCCCUUGCUUUUUUCAAAGAAAAUGCAUAUUUUAAAUUACCUUUUUUUAAAAUAUUUGGUUUCAUUCUUUUUUUUCCCCUUCAAUGCAUUUCAAUAAGCAUCAAUUGUACGCAGCUUUUCCCUAUUUACAAAUAAUGGGGGUCCACUCAAUGAAUUUAUCAAGUGCCACAAAUUGGUAUAAACGCUCUGUAAAGAAUUAAAAAUGGAGUGAAAUGCAUUUUCCCCCCCUCAAUAAAAAAUAAAACUAUUCCAUGUUUCUUCAUGUGAUGAUACUUAUGCUGUACCAUGUCAAUCUUUGUACACACAAUGAAGCAUAAGUAAAGCUUUUAUUAAAUAUGAUGGGUUCUGCACAAAUAAAACAUACAAUAAAUAAUAGUAUACUACAAGGGUGUCCAAAAUAAUUUGACAUCAUUUGUUAUAUGAAUCUAGUAGCUACACCCCGCUUUAACAAAAUUAAAUGGGCUUUAUGUUAUUAAAAAAAAUUGUAGCCAGCCAAAUUCAGAUAUUUUCAAACGGAUAUGGAUUUUGUAACUGAUUGCACUAAGCUUUUCAAAUGCACA